AUGUCUAAACGACCCAUUCCAAUUGACAAGCUAUUGAAAGAUGAUUUUGCAAAGCCUACAUUUAUUCCUAAAUCUAAACGGGCCAAGGCUGCUGAACUGAGAGAAUUAGAGAAGCGACAAGCCAAGGAAAAGGCGUCAUCAACAUCAUCAUCGUGGAGGCAUACACUGAAACCACGGAGGGGCGAGUUGGUGCCUCCAAUACAACAUAACGAUCCAACACCAAUAAAGAAGUCAGCACGACGUAAAUUCCAAUUUGAUUGGGAUGAAUCUGAAGAUACUACAACAAUGAUGCAAACAUCACGACGGAUGCUUCCCUCGCUUGAUGAUGACGAGGAGAACGGUACAACCACAGAUGAAGUCGAUGCUAACGAUCCACUAUUAAAAGAUGAAUUGAGUGGGCAUUGGACAACAAAACAAUUACCACAAAUGACUGAACGUGAUUGGAGGAUAUUCAAUGAAGAAUUCUCCAUCAACUAUCGUGGUGGGGGAGGUAAUGGUGGUAACAAGCGCGAUCUUCCUCAUGCGAUUCGCUACUGGCAAGAAUGUGACUUAAGUAAACCAAUCCAACAAAGCAUACAGGACCUAGGCUAUACUACACCCACUCCGAUUCAAAGAGCCAGUAUCCCCACCAGUUUAAAAUAUCGAGAUGUAGUUGGUGUAGCUGAAACCGGGAGUGGAAAGACUCUUGCUUAUCUACUUCCUAUAUUCCAGUACCUUGACCAAAUUGAUGCGAAUUUCAUGCAAUUUGAAAAAGCCAAGAAUGAACCAUUGGCGUUAAUCUUGGCUCCCACUCGUGAAUUGGCAUUACAAAUUACUGCCCAAGCAGAGAAAUUAUGCACACGAUUGGGAUAUAGUGUUGUGUCGAUUAUUGGUGGACAUCAGUAUCGUGAUACAAUUGAUGAAAUUGAAAAUGGAGGGGAUAAAGAAAAUGGCACAAGAGGUGGUGGCAGAGGGGUUGAUAUAAUCGUUGGUACUCCUGGUCGAUUACUAGAUUCACUUGAUCGCAACAUCAUCAAUUUCCAAAAAUGUUACUACCUAGUCAUGGACGAAGCUGAUCGUAUGAUUGAUCUAGGAUUUGAACGCGAUUUGCAUAAAUUGAUUGCUCAUUUACCUACACAAGACAAUUUACAACAAACAAUCGAUGGCAAAAUUUUCCAUUUGAACCAACGCAUGAAUUUGAUGUUUACGGCAACCAUAUCACCCACGAUUGAAAAGCUCACUAAAUCGUAUUUAAAUAAUCCCAUUUAUGUUACAAUUGGAACUAGUACAGGUGGUUCGGGUGGAGAAGCCUUGGCAAAUAUUGAUCAAAAAUUUGAGUAUUUACAAACAUCGAAAACUGCAUCUGGCCCACCGACUGUUGAACUGAUCAAAUUGAACAAGUUGGUUAAAUUGAUUCAACUGCACAAACGAACCAACCCCGACUCGUUGAUUAUCAUAUUUGCUAACUUCAAAUAUGUUGUUGAAACGUUAUCAGAAGAGCUAGAUGCAAAACAAUUGUCCAACGUAACCAUACAUGGAUCCAAAUCACAAGGCCAACGAGAACUAGCUCUUGAACAAUUCAAACUGCAUAAUCCAUCGAUACUUGUAGCCACUGAUGUCGCCGCUAGAGGUAUCGACAUACCUCAAGUGGGUCUUGUGGUCAACUAUCAAAUGAGUCACAAAUUUGACGAAUAUGUUCAUCGAAUAGGUCGGACUGGUCGUGCUGGUAAUUUCGGUACAAGUAUCACAUUUAUUAAUGAUGACGAUGUGAGUGUUUUCCUGGACUUGAAAAAGUUUUUAACUAGAGGUGGUAAGAAAGUACCUGAUUGGUUAUAUCGAUAUAAUUCAACAACAAUAAGGGAAUAA